CUUCGGUCCUUUGUGAGCUUGAAACCGUUAUAAAGUCAAUCGGCGACUAACUAACCACAGGCUGUUCAAAGAACUUUGAAGCAGCCGCCAUAAAAACGACUUAAAUGCCAUCCGAUUCUCUCGGCUUUUCUAACCCCCCCCUUUGCUUUCCUUUUUGUAGCUACCUGUAUCUACAAGAACAGCUCUUAGGAUAUCGCUUUCGUUCUAAGGCCCGAACAAAUCGCAUUUGAAACAUACUGGGCUCUCCGUUUGCGUUCGCCAUGCCUCCUCGAUCGACUCGGGCCGCUCCCGCAUCGGCAGCGGUUCCAAAGCCAGCACCAAAGAGGAGCUCCUCCUCCAGAGCCUCAGGUACCGCGGCAAAGAGACAAAAGUACAACGCUAGCCCCGCCAACGAAUCUGUGAAAUCUACUACGAAGAAGAGCAAAUAUUUCCCGGAUGCAAAACCCAAGAAAGUUAAGAGCUCAAACCCUUCAAAUCGGCCAGACGACUUCAUCUCAGAGAACGACGAUGAUCCAGACGCCGCAUCCCCUGAUCCAAACUGGGACUCACCAGAGCCCGGCCCUGCAAAAGAUGAAUCAACAGAUGAGUCUUCUGCAAAUGAAGAGACAGAAGCUGAUGAAAUAGUUCCAAAGAGAAGAAAUAACUCUUCACGAAAGAACAGCGAUUUCAGCAAGAGUACAGCACGGUCGAAGGCUUCGAUCUCUUCUAAAAAAACCAAGGAAUUGUGGAGAGAGGGUGUGAAGACCGGCCUAGGACCUGGAAAGGAGGUUUUUAUCGAAAAACCCAAAGCACGGGACCCAGGAGACAUAUCGUACAAGGAUGAAACCUUGCACCCAAAUACCCUACUUUUUCUGAAGGACUUGACGAACAACAAUGACAGAGAGUGGUUAAAAGCACAUGAUCCGGACUUCCGUGCUUCAAAGAAGGACUGGGAAACAUUUGUUGAGACCUUAACAGAGAAAGUCGCAGAGAAGGACAGCACGAUUCCUGAGCUACCUGCCAAAGACCUGGUCUUUCGCAUACAUAGGGACAUAAGAUUCAGCAAGGACCCUACUCCAUAUAAGACUCACUUUUCAGCUGCCUGGUCCCGCACUGGUAAAAAGGGCCCUUACGCUGCAUAUUAUGUACACUUCCAACCAGGAGCCUGCUUUGUCGGGUCGGGUCUCUGGCAUCCGGAAGCUCACAAACUCGCGCUUCUUCGCGAAGAUAUCGACGGAAGCUCACAUCGUCUUAAGGCCGUUCUUAGGGAGAAGGAAAUGCGCCGCGAGAUUUUGGGGGGGAUACCCGAUGAUGAAGGGAAAGCCGUGAAGGCUUUUUGCAGUCAUAACAGUGAGACCGCUCUCAAAACCAAACCCAAGGGCUAUGAACUAGAUAACGAAAAUAUCCAACUACUCCGGCUGCGCAGCUUUACCAUUGGCAAACCACUCUCGGAUGAAGAGCUUUUGAGUUCUAACGUGCAGGAGAAGAUCGCUACUCUCAUUGGUAUCAUGGAGCCAUUUGUAAGCCAUUCUUACCCUUCGCUUUGCAGCCAAUUUCUGGCUUUUCCCCCUCCAUUUGGCCGCGCCUGCGCCUAUUGGAUCCUAGCCCCGUAUCAAUUACAUGGCCUUUCCUUAUUCUCCCUGCCCCCCUCCCCGAAUUUCCUUUUCUAGUACCUUCAGCGGUGUGGCUCCGGUCAUAACGAUGCCCGCUACGGAUUCAGCCAUGACCAAAGUGGUGACAGGGCUCAACAGCGUCGUCAUGCCUGACCUAACAGAUCAUGAUAACAUUGUUUCCGAUUCCCCCCAAGAGUAUUGAAAACGUUUCAGUGGUGGUAUCAGGGCCACCAGACGGCCGCGAUAUUUG